UGUAGUACGUUAUUCAGUGGGUGGAAACUACAUUCGUCUCUAAAGUGGACUUCGAGAUCAAACGUCAUUCGGCGGCAUGUCUCCAUGACAGGCGUCGCCGGUUGCGAGCAAGAAAUAGUAGCCUACUCUGGGGUGCACGGAAUCUAUGGAGAUUUGAAAAUCUGACGGAAUCACACGGAGAACGUCAGGUAAAGUCAUACAUUUUAUUACCAUCUCCUUCAUAGCCCAUUAGACUUCGAAACAGCGUGAGGGGCUCAGUGCCACGAAAAAGGGUUCAAAUAGCGAAACGCAAGUCAGGUUAGGCUAGCAAUCCACUCACCAUUCUUGCAACACUCGCUAGCCAACUAGCUGGAUCCAGUCAGGCUGGGGCUCAGAGUUGAUAGCUAGCAAGCUAAUAAUAACAUGCUAGCUACCAUUGCUUACCAAACAUCGAGCGUGUUAGCUAUAUUUCUAGACUACCUAUAACUAGUUUGCUUAUUGGCAAUCUAAACCAUAUAUCCAGUUAGCUUGUUUGCCACAAGUUAUGUGGAAUUGUGCCAAUCCUCUGCUGUCAUUUUGUACUCCGUCAAAUUGUGCUCGAAAUGCCUCAAAAAUACCAAUGAGUUAAUUGGCCAGAAAAGUGGUUGUAUUUGCUUGAUAUCAAUCGGACAGUUGGCUAAUAAAGUUAGCAAACCGCUAGGAACGUGUCCCAUGCGACCACUCAUCUGCUCUGUCUCAGCCAAAUGGGAAACCCAAAAUGUCUGCACGUGUUCCGCACCUCGCACACGAAGCUAGCUAAUAUUUGUGUGCACUACUGUAACAAGAUGUGUGUCCCAAAUGUGUUAUUUGGAGGGUAACUAGGGUGUUUGGGAGAUUUGUGUUGGCUUUCUGGAAGGUUCCACGUGCUGAGCUGUAAGAGUCAGACAUAGCAAUGUUAGACAAAUUGCGAAAGGACACUUCAGUGUCAACAAGGAAGAGAGAAACCAAUGUAGCUACUGUACCUGUCCACCAAAUUGUAUCACAUAUUUUGCUUUGCAUGGAUCCGCCCUUUUUAGUUGGCUAUGUGUAAUUAUUAUUCUGUCAGUGUCGGCUUGCUCACAUAUGAGCCCAUCAUUUCAUCAUGACUUGGACGUUUCCAUUGACACAUUGAAUGAUAAAACAGAUUGUCCAAUCUAACAACUUGUGAUACCUUGGUCCAAAUGGCACCCUUUUCAUGGUGCACAAGGGGGGCCUGGUCAAACUUAGUACACUAUACAGGGAAAGGGUGCCAGUUGGGACAUACAUCUUGUCCUUUUGAUUCUGUUAUUUGGGAGACAUGAUCUGUUUGGAUCAACAGACCACAAAGGAAGGUCAUGCCAACUUUUGACUUCUUCCUGUAAUUAGUGGUUUUUGUUCUUCAUUCCUGUGGCAGUGUAGGUCAGCGGCUUGUCAAAAUCCUUGUUUGCGUCUGAGCUUUAAACAACUUUUUCACUCUCAGUUCCGGUAUUUCAUCAAUAAAAAGCCUUGUGACAUGGUGUCCCAUUUAGUGAAAUAAAAGCAAAGCUGAGGGGACACUGUAGAAGGACAGACAGGGGCAGUCCAGGGGCGUAUUCAAUGGAGUACAGUAGUACGAUCCUUCAGACAAAUGUAUAGAGAACCUUGUCUAUUCUACAAUUCACUUUUAUAUUUAAAUGGUUUGUAACAUUGCACUGAAGCACUCUCCUGAAUAAGCCCCUGGUCUGACAGUGAAGCCCAUUCAUCCCUUUAGCCCACUGCUUAUGAUAUACCCUGGUCCCUGGCUGGGUUCCUUUCCCGAUCCCUUUCCCCCUGGUCCCUGGCUGGGUCCCUUUCCCCCUGGUCCCUGGCUGGGACUCUGGCUGGCUUCAGGGUUUAAUUGAGGUGUUAGAGAAUCCAGGGAAUUUCAGCCUCUGUGGGAAUGCUGCUGGCGAGAGCGGCAGUGGGGAACCCACCCUGGAUGCCUCCCAAAUGGCACCCAUAGGGCUCUGGUCAAAAGUAGUGCACUAUAUAGGGAAAAGGGUGCCAUUUGGGACACGCAACCUGCCUGAAUUCUGAUUCUCUCUGAAGUGUGCAGUCAGUGUGUACUGCACUCAUUCACUCCCCCUCACAUAUUUGAACAGGAAUGGACUGGUGUAAAGCUAGAGUCCUUAAUUGAAACAAUAACAAAGUGGUGACUCCGCCUCUGUUUUGUUCAGAAGCUGAGGGAUGGGCCUGGAGAAAUGUAACCACUCUCAAAUGCGUAGACAGCGCUAUGGAUGCAAGGACUGACCAUCCAUGAUAUCAAAAUAAUUAAUGCUUAAACCAAUUCAGUGCUCUAAUUUAAACCCACAUAAAAAAAAUACUACAGUUUACUAUGGAAUACUAUAGUACUUACUAUAGAAUACCAUACACUGUAGUAUCCCUUGAUCAUGUGUUUUUUUUUAAAUAUUUUAUUUUACCUUUAUUUAACUAUGCAAGUCAGUUAAGAACAAAUUCUUAUUUACAAUGAUGGCCUACCCCAGCCAAACCCGGACGACGCUGGGAAAAUUGUGCGCCGCCCUAUGGGACUCCCAAUCACGGCCGGAUUGUGAUACAGCCUGGAACCGAACCAGGGUCUGCAGUGACGCCUCUAGUACUGAGAUGCAGUGCUUUAGACCGCCGCGCCACUAUGGAGCGGUACUUAGUAUAGUACCGCUCCCGAGUGUAGUACUUAGUAUAGAAUUUUGUAGUAUAGUGUACAAUACUAUAAUAAAUAUUACAGUAUUCUCCACAUUAAAACACUGUAGUAAAUACUACAUAAAUGUCAGCAAAAACACUACAUAAAAAAAAAAAAACUAUAGUAAAUACUACAGUAUUUAAUUUGCAUAUACCCUGCCCAUUCCCCUCCCCCAUAUCCCAAUUUGUGCCACCCGUAAGUGAGAAACCUACAUGACAAGUAAAUACCAUAUAUUGUGUUCCCUAUGGUUAUGAAAAGAGCAGAAGCUCUGAACUCCCUGUUCAGAACCCAAUCCUACCUACAAGUUAUUUGGUAUUUUUAUUUUAUUUGGUACUUUUUACCCCUUCUUCUCCCCAAAUGGUAGUUACAGUCUUGUCCCAUCGCUACAACUCCCGUACGGACUCGGUAGAGGCGACGGUCGAGAGCCGUGCGUCCUCCGAAACACGACACUGCCAAGCCGCACUGCUUCUUGACACACUGCUCGCUUAACCCGGAAGCCAGCCGCACCAAUGUGUCAGAGGAAACACCGUCCAGCUGGCGACCGAAGUCAGCGUGCAUGCGUCCGGCCCACCACAAGGAGUCGCUAGAGCGCGAUGGGACAAGGACAUCCCGGCACACCACAAGGAGUCGCUAGAGCGCGAUGGGACAAGGACAUCCCGGCCGGCCAAACCCUCCCCUGACUCGGACGACGCUGGGCCAAUUGUGCGCCGCCUCAUGGGUCUCCCGGUCGCGGCCUGCUGCGACACAGCCUGGGAUGGAACCCGGGUCUGUAGUGCCUUAGACCGCUGCGCCACUCGGCCCUAUUUGCUCUUUCAGUAUUUCUCCAGUAAGUUUCCUCAAGGAGAAAGCCCCCCACUUCUAUGUCAAAGAUAAUUAAAUAAAAACACUUUAGUUAAUACUACAGUAAUGUCCAUAAAAACACUACAGAGUAUACUACAGUAUACUACAGUCUGCAAAAACACAACAGUAAUUACUAUAGUGUGUAUAUAUAUACUUUUUUUUUUUUUUUUACUACAUUAUUUAUACUAUAGUAAACUGUAAAUACUACAGUAUUCAUUAGGGUUGGGCGAUAUCUAUUUCAUAUAGUUUCUGUACCAUACCGUUUUGUUUUUUGUUGCACAAACCAAUUUAAGCAACAGGGAUAUAAUUUAUUUGACAUUUUUAGAUUUCUUAUAGUUAGUUAUACUUAUAGUUAUAAGCAGUGACGUAGCACACACACCCCGCAGUCCAGUGUGCCCCCAACCCCAAAAUAAAAGUUUUUUUUAAAAACGGUAUUGAAUAUCAUACUGGCGGCCUGGGUAGAAAAUCUGGACAUAGUGCACACACCUCAGGGAGAAGGCCUGGGUAGAAAAUCUGGACAUAGUGCACACACCUCAGGGAGAAGGCCUGGGUAGAAAAUCUGGACAUAGCACUCCCGCUACAGGACACAGUGCAGCCUUCACUACAGGACACAGUGCAGCCUUCACUACAGGACACAGUGAAGCCUCCACUACAGGACACAGUGAAGCCUCCACUACAGGACACAGUGAAGCCUCCACUACAGGACACAGUGAAGCCUCCACUACAGGACACAGUGAAGCCUCCACUACAGGACACAGUGAAGCCUCCACUACAGGACACAGUGAAGCCUCCACUACAGGACACAGUGCAGCCUUCACUACAGGUCGCAUGGUAGAGUGAGGGUCGCAUGGUAGAGUGAGGGUCGCAUGGUAGAGUGAGGGUCGCAUGGUAGAGUGAGGGUCGCAGGGUAGAGUGAGGGUCGCAGGGUAGAGUGAGGGUCGCAGGGUAGAGUGAGGGUCGCAGGGUAGAGUGAGGGUCGCAUGGUAGAGUGAGGGUCGCAUGGUAGAGUGAGGGUCGCAUGGUAGAGUGAGGGUCGCAGGGUAGAGUGAGGGUGACAGUGCUGUAGUCCCAGAGCUACAGACAGUAGAUGGCAUGUCAGAUAUACUUGUCAGACACUUUGCGCUGAUAUGAUUUGUGGUGGUUCCCAAAUGGCACCAUGUUCCCUUCUAUUCCCUAUAGCUUUUGACCACAGCCCAUAGGGUGCCGUUUGGGACGCAGCCUAGAAGCAUAAGCCCAAUGUGAAACGGUUUGAACGUUGAACGCUUCAAAUGCUUCUAAUCCCUGUGGUGAUGAAAACCAAUCUGACAGAUAUAGGCCACUUAAUGAUGCCAGUGACUUGGCAGCUCUGGAGUUGACCACUUGCACUCUUGACCUCUAGGGUAAUCGACAUAAUGCGAUUAAUGCAGUCUCUCUCGCGCUCUCUCUCUCUCUCCCCCCACAGCCAUGCAGCAGCUUUCUCUAGAUGUUAAUUCUUUCUCGUUUGCCGGUGGUAAUGAGCCUUUAACCAGACCGGUAUGACCACAUGACUUUCUUUGUCCAAUCAGAAAGCACAUACUAAGACUAGUAAAAGAGUGGGGAAUGAAAGCCCUCUGGAGUGGCAGUGAUCUGACCAAAUAGAAACUGUUGAACAUUACAUCUACAGCAGGACUGAAAUGUUAAGUGGAUGGAAUAUUGUCCUUUAACGGCCGACGCCGCUAUUUCAGAUGAGUGACUGUUAGAAGGCAUUUCAGGUUAGCUAGCGAUCCCUUAUUAUUGGGUAAUAACAAGGUGUUUUCUCCCUGUGUUUCCUUCAGGUUCUUCUGUGUUGCAACAGGCAGGCAGGCGGGGCACCAGAUGACUGGUGUGUACUGGGAGUAAGGCUUUGAGCCGUUGUGCUGCGCUGUAUUGGAGCACAAUUCACAGGUGAGUGUCAGAGAUUCCACUUCCUUCUUUACUUCUUCCAUUCUUCUGUCACUUCCACCUUUUUAAACACUGAUUGGUUAAGCAUGAGUCUCUAUUUGAAACUCCAUUCAUGAUGAUGUCUGAAUAACUAAGGUGUGAAGCGGGACAAUAAUGUGUCUGUUCUGGAAAUAUAUUUUCUGCUGUGUGUGUGUGUGUCCAUCUGGACUACCGAGCCACAGUGGGUUUGGUUAGGGCAGUUUGCACUCUCCUCUGUUUGGAGAAUGUGUUUGUACAGUCACCAGGAGCCUCCCUGUGUGGAACUCUGGGGAUGUGUCCCAAAUGGCACCCUUUUUCCUAUAUAGGGAACUACUUUUGACCAGGGCCCAUGAAGGAAAUAGGUUACUAUUUGGGGCACAACCUUUAUCCAGGAGGAGUGGGGAAAAACCCAUCCUCUCAGACCGCCCUCAAUGUCCCUCUGUGUCAUUCUGUCUGUUCAUAAUCCUCGGCUGGGCAAACAUAUUGCACCUGAAACACGUACUGUAGUGGAGAUAUGGCUGUGUUUGAUCUUGGUGGUAUGUCGCACCAAGGCUUUGAAACUAUGUAAAUGAGAAUGAUCAACGUUGUUGUUGACAUCCUGGUUUGUAUCUGAUGAAGUGGAAACAAUUUGACCUGGGUACCCUGCCUUCUCCAGCCUUCCAGGUGCUGUGUUGUCUGUCAGUCUGCCUGAGGUGAGGGCAGUCAGACUGGUUUUGAUGUAGGGUGAAGUUGCCCUUAGACACUGAUCUUGGGUCAGCAUUUUCCCCCACUAAUGGUUAGGAUUGGUGGCGGAGAAGCCUAUCCUAGAUCUGUACCUAGGGGGAAGUUAAUCCUGUAGUGUUAUUGUUCCAUUCAAAUGUCCCUCAAAAACAUAUUAUUUCCAAGGUAUUAUAAUGGUGCAUUGGGUUUGUUUACAUUCCAGAUUCUUGUAUUGUUGUAUAAUACACUGAGUAUACCAAACAUUAGGAACACCUUCCUAAUAUUGAGUCUCAAAGUAGCAUGGGGGUUUAAAGGGUGUGUGUCUGAGUCACCAGAUCUCAACCCAAUUGAACACUUAUGGAAGAUUCUGGAGUGACGCCUGAGACAGCAUUUUCCACCACCAUCAACAAAACACCAAAAGAUGGAAUUUCUCAUGGAAGAAUGGUGUUGCAUCCCUCUAAUAGAGUUCCAGACACUUGUAGAAUCUAUGCCAAGGCGCAUUGAAGCUGUUCUGACGGCUCGUGGUGGCCCAACACCCUAUUAAGACACUUUAUGUUGGAGUUUCCUUUAUUACCUGUAUGUUAGUGUGUGCAAGUCAAAGUCCUUAUGAUUUUAUAUCUGAAUUUUCUCUAUAUUUGAUUUCUGAAGAUUAGAACUUAGACCAGAGAAAGCUGUAAGUAAGCUGUGACAAGCCUUGUGUGUUUUGCAAGUAACCACUUACAGGCUUGAAUUGGGGAAACGGUUCUGUUCUCCUGUAUAGUUAAUGUUGGAGAGAUCUGCCAGUGGGACCAGUCAUUGUCUGUCCCAAAUGACACCCUAUUCCCUAUAUAGUGCUCUUCUGUUGACCAGAGCCCUGGUCAAAAGUAGUGCACUAUAAAGGGAAUAGGGUGCCAUUUGGGACUUAUCCGUUGCUUGUUAGGGUUAUGGAAAUUAAGGCUUUUCAUACUGAAUCACUCCAUUGAUAAUAACUUACUGCUCCAGUUGUUUUUUCACGCCUUGUUAUGCCAGGUAUUUUACAGCAAGGCCCCACAUUUGUGUUUGAUCUUGAUGUUUGGAAUGUAUCACUAUGCACUCAUUCAUAUCCUAAUCAAAUGUGGUUACCAUAGAAAUUUAAAUAGACAGUUUAAAGGGGCGUGACGUGUUUCAUCAACAUCCAUCUUGAAUUAUACAACAGGUGGGUCUAAUCCUGAAUGCUGAUUGGUUAAAACCGCAUUCCAGCCGGAGUCUAUUCCACAAGUUACCACCGGCUAAAUCUAUUACUUUAAAAUGUCUAUUUAAUCUGUUCCAUCUGACUGCGCAAUCCACUGUCUCAUCAGCCCAGCCAGGCAAUUUAUAAACUUGAUCUCCACUAUAAAAAGCAUCUAGACAUUAUCUCACAUUUCUUUUAGGCUAACAUUUAGUUUACAACAGCAGAGAUUUGUAUAAACCUUGCUGUCGGUCUCUCUCUGACAUUUGCAACAUUGUUUCAAUAUUCAAAUUCGAUCUCCAGCUGUCGCAUAGUAAUGAACAUGUCGGGACGAGACAGACAGACAGGCAGCUUUUCUCAGCCAGUCGAAAUCAUGAAUCAGCUGGCAUCAUUUUUAUGGUUUGUUCGUUCUAAAUGUUCCAUUGCCAUACUGGCUGGUAACGUUCUUAUUUACAUUUACAUUUUAGUCAUUUAGCAGACGCUCUUAUCCAGAGCGACUUCCAGUUAGUGAGUGCAUACAUUUUCAUACUGACCCCCCGUAUCAAACCCAUACCAAUUAUUUGUUUUACCUGGGUUAACAAUAUUACUAUUGGCUACAUUUGUUCUACAACACUUGUUGACAAUCGGGUUUGUGUGUCAUUCACGAAGACAAGCAAAACUAUAGGCUCAUUUAUUUAAGUAAUACAAUGUUUGGUUAGGUCGCAACUCUCUACUUAAUGAGAAUUGAGAAUCAUAAGAAUUGACAUAACGCCAGAAACUAAAAUACAUUACACCUCAAUGCAGUACGGCAUAACUCACUGUAUGUCAGCUUAAAUAAGGAGUAGAGUAGCUGAUAAUUACAACAGAUGUUACAUUUCACUAGUUCAGGGUUGUAGAACUACAACUCAAACCCUUCAAGCGCUGCAGUGUCCUGCUGGUUUCUGCCUCUCCCUGGCAAUAAACGUAGUUCCUAAUCAGAAAGGUUCUAGUAACAGUUAUAUCGUAAACCCAGGUAGUGUUAAAAUAAACACAUGGCCUAUAAACUCACUGGUGGUUUCUGGUUUAAGGUGUGUGUGUGUGUGUGUUCGGGUUAUGAAUGACGGACAGCUGAAAAUGUAUACUGGUUGUCCCACAGAUGAGACGAAGAGGAUUUAAAACACCUAUUUCUGCCUCAAAUUCCCUUGACAGAAUUGGAUUAUGCAUGUUUGUGUGCAAUCUGUCCUCGAGACAGAAAACCAUUAUAAAUCAAUUUUAAAAAACAGACAACGAUUAUCAUUUAUCAACUCAAUUCAAAAUCUGCUGUGAAAUAAUUAGCUUAUCCCUUGCUUGCUAGCUAGCCAACCACGGCUAACUUACAGUCACGUCAAACAGUGCAGCCGGAAUAACAGCAGCUGCAUUUGCAUUUGUUUAAGUUGUUUUCUAGUGACAUUUAUUUGGAUACAUCCAUAACAAUGAGCUAAGGAGGCGCGAUUCCGCCUGGCAUAGAACAUUUGCUCUCUCGUCAGGACACUGCUGUUCAGAGGAGCUAGCCAACAACACAGCUAACACAAUCACUUCAAACUGAAGCUGGAAAGACUGCAAACUAGCUGUAUGUUUCAUUUGACCUUUUUUCAAUUGAAAUUUCUUUGUGUAUAUGUACAUAAAAAUGAUGCCAGCUGAUUCAUGAUUUGGACUGGCUGAGAAAUGCUGCCUGCCUGUCUGUUUUGUCCCGACACGUUCAUUACUAUAGGACAGCUGGAGAUCGAAUUUGUAUAUUGAAACAAUGUUGCAAAUGUCGGAGAGACAUUACAAAUCUCCGCUGUUGAAAACGAAAUGUUAGUCUAAAAGAAAUGUGAGAUAAUGUCUAGAUGUUUUUUAUAGUGGAGAUCAAGUUUAUAAAUUACCUGACAGUGGAUUGCGCAGUCAGAUGGAACAGAGUAAAUAGGCAUUUUAACGUCAUAGAUGUAGCCGGUGGUAACUUGUGGAAUAGACACCGGCUGGAAUGCGGUUUUAACCAAUCAGCAUUCAGGAUUAGACCCACCCAUUGUAUAAAGCUAGACAUGACCACCUGGUCUUCCCGAUAGCUACUGAGGUGAGACAGGCCGUUCAUACAAGGACAUGUACAUACAGUGCGUUCGGAAAGCAUUCAGACCCCUUGACUUUUUCCACAUUUUGUUAUGUUACAGCCUUAUUCUAAAAUUGAUUAAAUUGUUUUUUCCCCUCAUCAAUCUACACACAAUACCCCAUAAUGGCAAAGCAAAAACAGGUUUUUAGAAAUGUUUGCACAUUUAUUACAAAUACAAUUCUGAAAUAUCACAUUUACAUAAGUAUUCAGACCCUUUACUCAGUACUUUGUUGAAGCACCUUCGGCAGCGAUUACGGCCAAGUCUUCUUGGGUAUGACACUAGAAGCUUGGCACACCUGUAUUUGGGGAGUUUCUCCCAUUCUUCUCUGCAGAUCCUCUCAAGCUCUGUCAGGUUGGAUGGGGAGCACCGCUGCACAGCUAUUUUCAGGUCUCUCCAGAGAUGUUCAAUCGGGUUCAAGUCCGGGCUCUGGCUGGGCCACUCAAGGACAUUCAGAGACUUGUCCCGAAGCCACUCCUGCGUUGACUUGGCUGUGUGCUUAGGGUCAUUGUCCUGUUGGAAGGUGAACCUUCGCCCCAGUCUGAGGUCCUAAGCGCUCUGGAGCAGGUUUUCAUCAAUGAUCUCUGUACUUUGCUCCGUUCAUCUUUCCCUCGAUCCUGACUAGUCUCCCAGUCCCUGCCGUUGAAAAACAUCCCCACAGCAUGAUGCUACCACCACCAUGCUUCACCAUAUGGAUGGUGCCAGGUUUCCUCCAAACGUAAAUUCGGGCCAAAGAGUUCAAUCUUGGUUUCAUCAGACCAGAGAAUAUUUUUUUCUCAUGGUCUGAGAGUCCUUUAGGUGCCCUUUUGGCAAAUUCCAAGCGGGCUGUCAUGUGCCUUUUUUUAUUGAGGAGUGGCUUCCGUCUGGGUACUCUACCAUAAAGGCCUGAUUUGGUGGAGUGCUGCAGAGAUGGUUGUCCUUCUGGAAGGUUCUCCCAUCUCCACACACAAACUCUGGAACUCUGUCAGAGUGACCAUCAGGGUCUUGGUCACCUCCCUGACCAAGGCCCUUCUCCCACCAUUGAUAAGUUUGGCCGGGCAGCCAGCUCUAGGAAGAGUCUUGGUGGUUCCAAACUUCUUCCAUUUAAGAAUGAUGGAGGCCACUGCAUUCUUGGGGACCUUCAAUGCUUUGGUACCCUUCCCCAGAUCUGUCGACACAAUCCUGUCUCGGAGCACUAUGGACAAUUCCUUCGACCUCAUGGCUUGGUUUUUGCUCUGACAUGCACUGUCAACUGUGGGACCUUAUAUAGACAGGUGUGUGGCUUUCCAAAUCAUGUCCAAUGAAUUGAAUUUAUCACAGGUGGACUCCAAUCAAGUUGUAGAAACAUCUCAAGGAUGAUCAAUGAAAACAGGAUACACCUGAGCUCGAUUUUGAGUCUCAUAGCAAAGGGUCUGAAUACUUAUGUAAAUAAGGUAUUUCUGUUUUUUAUUUGCAAACAUUUCUAAACCUGUUUUCGCUUUGUCAUUACGGGGUAUUGUGUGUAGAUUGAGGAUUUUUAUUUAUUUAAUCGAUUUUAGAAUAAGACUAACUUAACAAAAUGUGGAAAAAGUCAAGGGGUCUGAAUACUUUCCGAAUGCACUGUAGCUAGACAUGACCGCCUGGUCUUCCUGAUAGCUACUGAGGUGAGACAGGCAAUCCCACCAUCAGCGCACAUUUACAAACAUUCUCUUGUCAGAAGAUCCUGGUUUGAUGAUGAUGAUUGUGUUUUCUUGUGUACCAAAUAUGCCAGGUGUUGUUGUGGGGAAGGCCAGAGGGAGGUGCUCAUUUUGGAAGUGGGUUGCUUUUAUUUUAUCCCUACAUGGAGCAGACCUUUGCUACCAAGUUGCUGAAAUACCAGCCCCUCGUGUCACGACUGAACAUCCUCGGUUAUCAGUGCGAACUUGUGGUGCUGAUGUUUGGGAGUCUCUGCCAUGUACAUAGGCUGACAGUACGUGGCCUUCAGAUUGCAGGCCUACAUAGGACAAAUGAUUUGUGGAUUCAAAAUAAAGUUUUUAAAAUGUGUGUGUCCUCCAGCCAUGCAGCAGGUGCUGGAUAACCUGAGAGACCUGCCCCCCACCACGGGCGCCAAAGACACUGACCUCCUCUUCCUCAGGGGCAUCAUAGAGAGCCCCAUAGUCCGCUCCCUCGCCAAGGUAACACACCCACACACUCCAUCAUAUCAUCAGUUAAGAGAGUAGAGGAGCAGGGGAGAGGAAGAGGCACUCGGGGCCACCAUAUAAAUGUCUCCUCCAUCUUGUAAGAACGGACUGUGCCAAUAAUGGCAAUGAGUCACUACCCCUCAUUCAAACAGCAGCAGUCUGGAAAAUUUUGGCCACGAAUGUUUGAAUGUAGGGUAUGACCUGUUAGCCAGCCAGCCAAUCUGCCAGUACACGACGCAACUUGCACGCAAUUUUAGUUGCUUGCAACCAAGUUGUUUCUUGAUUGCUUUGUGGGGGGGGGAUUAUGGUUGGGCGGUAUCCAGAUUGUCAUACCGUUUCUGUACCGUACCGGGGUGUAUUACCGAAUGUGCACACACGGGGCACUAUUUCCCCCCCAACAAAACAUUAUUCAAAAAACAUUUGACGCACAAGAUAUAGGCAAAAGGGAACUUGAUCCAGGAGGGGAUUGAAUGUCUCUGCUGUAACCAAGAAGCUUGAUCUUGACAUCUAGCCACUUAGCAAGUAAAUUAGCAAACCAAAUAAACAGCUGGAGCCCUGAGCUGGAUAUAAUUAAUUUGACACAUCUGAGAUUUCUUAUAGUUAUACAGUGGGGAAAAAAGUAUUUAGUCAGCCACCAAUUGUGCAAGUUCUCCCACUUAAAAAGAUGAGAGAGGCCUGUAAUUUUCAUCAUAGGUACACGUCAACUAUGACAGACAAAAUGAGUUUUUUUUUCUCCAGAAGAUCACAUUGUAGGAUUUUGAAUGAAUUUAUUUGCAAAUUAUGGUGGAACAUAAGUAUUUGGUCAAUAACAAAAGUUUCUCAAUACUUUGUUAUAUACCCUUUGUUGGCAAUGACACAGGUCAAACGUUUUCUGUAAGUCUUCACAAGGUUUUCACACACUGUUGCUGGUAUUUUGGCCCAUUCCUUCAUGCAGAUCUCCUCUAGAGCAGUGAUGUUUUGGGGCUGUCGCUGGGCAACACGGACUUUCAACUCCCUCCAAAGAUUUUCUAUGGGGUUGAGAUCUGGAGACUGGCUAGGCCACUCCAGGACCUUGAAAUGCUUCUUACGAAGCAUUUGGGAUCAUUGUCAUGCUGAAAGACCCAGCCACGUUUCAUCUUCAAUGCCCUUGCUGAUGGAAGGAGGUUUUCACUCAAAAUCUCACGAUACAUGGCCCCAUUCAUUCUUUCCUUUACACGGAUCAGUCGGCCUGGUUCCUUUGCAGAAAAACAGCCCCAAAGCAUGAUGUUUCCACCCCCAUGCUUCACAGUAGGUAUGGUGUUCUUUGGAUGCAACUCAGCAUUCUUUGUCCUCCAAACACUACGAGUUGUGUUUUUUUUUUCUUCAUCUGACCAUAUGACAUUCUCCCAAUCCUCUUCUGGAUCAUCCAAAUGCACUCUAGCAAACUUCAGACGGGCCUGGACAUGUACUGGCUUAAGCAGGGGGACACGUCUGGUACUGCAGGAUUUGAGUCCCUGGCGGCGUAGUGUGUUACUGAUGGUAGGCUUUGUUACUUUGGUCCCAGCUCUCUGCAGGUCAUUCACUAGGUCCCCCCGUGUGGUUCUGGGAUUUUUGCUCACCGUUCUUGUGAUCAUUUUGACCCCACGGGGUGAGAUCUUGCGUGGAGCCCCAGAUCGAGGGAGAUUAUCAGUGGUCUUGUAUGUCUUCCAUUUCCUAAUAAUUGCUCCCACAGUUGAUUUCUUCAAACCAAGCUGCUUACCUAUUGCAGAUUCAGUCUUCCCAGCCUGGUGCAGGUCUACAAUUUUGUUUCUGGUGUCCUUUGACAGCUCUUUGGUCUUGGCCAUAGUGGAGUUUGGAGUGUGACUGUUUGAGGUUGUGGACAGAUGUCUUUUAUACUGAUAACAAGUUCAAACAGGUGCCAUUAAUAGAGGUAACGAGUGGAGGACAGAGGAGGCUCUUAAAGAAGAAGUUACAGGUCUGUGAGAGCCAGAAAUCUUGCUUGUUUGUAGGUGACCAAAUACUUAUUUUCCACCAUAAUUUGCAAAUAAAUUCAUUAAAAAUCCUACAAUGUGAUUUUCUGGAUUUUUUUUCCUCAAUUUGUCUGUCAUAGUUGACGUGUACCUAUGAUGAAAAUUACAGGCCUCUCUCAUCUUUUUAAGUGGGAGAACUUGCACAAUUGGUGGCUGACUAAAUACUUUUUUUCCCCACUGUAUGUCGAUAUAGGACUUGUUUUACUGUGGAUAUACAGUGAUGGAAAAAAGUAUUUGAUCCCCUGCUGAUUUUGUACAUUUGCCCACUGACAAUGACAUGAUCAGUCUAUAAUUUUAAAUGGUAGGUUUAUUUGAACAAUGAGAGUCAGAAUAACAACAAAAAAAUGUCAAAAAUGUUAUAAAUUGAUUUGCAUUUUAAUGAGGGAAAUAAGUAUUUGACCCCUCUGCAAAACAUGACUUAGUACUUGUUGGCAAAACCCUUGUUGGCAAUCACAGAGGGGUCAAUACUUUUUUCCCCCACUGUAAUUAAGUUCUAAGCAGUGGCGUAGCACGCACCCCCACAACCCCUGGGUUAGUGCAGAGUUUUACGUUCAUGCGCGCAAAGUUUUAUGACGGGUCUGGUUUAUAACGGUAACCAUGUAUAGUUUAUAAAUCUAAAUAUUUAUGAACGUGCACAGACUUCAGAAAUGGACAUUUUGUGUGAAAUUUACACAACUGUUAUAAAUGUGGCCCCAGGAGUAGCAGUGCGUGUGUGUGUUCAGAUGGGACAUGCUGACAUCUGGUGGACAUUUAUCCUUGGUUCACUUUUCACAGGAAGAAAAGAAAAAAACUGACCAGGGACAGGGCAUGCAUAAAUCAAAUCAAAGGGAAAAACAAACAAAUAUUUAAUAUUUACUACACAACAAAUGUAAGAGGAUAAUAAAAAAAACUAAAUAAUAACAAUAAAAACUGAACGACUAAAAAGCACCCUAAGGAAAAGCAAAGCUUAAAAGGUGUUUUUAAGAUCUCUUUUAAAUGUGUCCACAGUUUCGGCCCCCCUCAGGUUCUCUGGCAGGCUAUUCCAGAGGCUGGGGGCAUAGUAACUAAAGGUUGCCUCUCCAUACCUCUUGGACCUGAACUAAAUACUGUGUGUAUUAAUGUGUGUGCGCUCCCCCCUCUCUCUGCAGGCCCAUGAGAGGUUGGAGGAUGUGAAGCUGGAGGCUGUGAGAGACAACAACCAGCAGCUGAUCUCAGAGAUCCUAGACUCCAUUACAGGGCUGAGUGGUAGAGACGCCUCCGCUGAGGAACUAGCCAACAUCCUCCAGGAACCACACUUCAAGGUACACACACACAGACACACACACCCAUGUAUACACGCACACGCACACACACACACACACACACACACACACACACACACACACACACAGUGCCAUUCAGUUGAGUAGUUAGAGCUAGUCUGAAAGUAGACCAGAGAAUGACUCUCUGCUGGGGCCAUAAUCUGGUGGAAUGACUGCCCUGUCUUGUCAGAGCUGUUUACAGCAACAAUCACCUUAUUCCUCCUGAAGUCUCUUUCGUUCUCUCUCUGUCUCUCUCUCUGUCUCUGUGUCUCUCUCUGUCUCUCUCUCUGUCUCUGUCUCUCUCUCUCUCUCUCUCUCUGUCUCUCUCUCUCUCUGUGUCUCUCUCUCUCUGGGUCUCUCUCUCUGGGUCUCUCUCUCUCUGUGCCUCUCUCUCUCUCUCUCUGUGCCUCUCUCUCUCUCUGUGCCUCUCGCUCUCUCUCUCUGUCUCUCUUUGUGCCUCUCUGUCUCUCUCGCUCUCGCUCUCUCUCUGUGACUCUCUCUCUGUCUCUCUCGCUCUCGCUCUCUCUCUGUGACUCUCUCUCUGUCUCUCUCUCUCUCUCUCUCUCUCUCUCUGUGCCUCUCUCGCUCUGUGCCUCUCUCUCUCUCUUUCUCUCUCUCUUUCUCUCUCUGUGUCUGCCCCUCUCUCUGUGUCUGCGUCUCUCUCUCUGUGUGUGUGUCUCUCUCUGUGUGUGUGUCUGCCUCUCUGGUUGGAACUACACUACAUGACCAAAAGUAUGUGGACACCUGUUCGUCGAACAUCAUAUUCCAAAAUCAUGGGCAUUAAUAUGGAGUUGGUCCCCCCUUUGCUGCUAUAACAGCCUCCACUCUUCUGGGAAGGCUUUCCACUAGAUGUUGGAACAUUGCUGCAGGGACUUGCUUCCAUUUAGCUACAAGAGCGUUAGUGAGGUCGGGCACGGUGAUUAGUCCUGGCUCGCAGUCGGCGUUCCAAUUCAUCCCAAAGGUGUUCGAUGGGGUUGAGGUCAGGGCUCUGUGCAGGCCAGUCAAGUUCUUCCACACCGAACUUGACAAACAAUUUCUGUAUGGACCUUGCUUUGUGCACAGGGGCAUUGUUAUGCUGAAACAGUAAAGGGCCUUCCCCAAACUGUUGCCACAAAUUUGGAAGCUCAGAAUCGUCUAGACUGUCAUUGUAUGCUGUAGCGUUUAGAUUUCCCUUCACUGGAGCUAAGGGGCCUAGCUCGAACCAUCAAAAACAGCCCCAGACCAUUUUUCCUCCUACACCAAACUUUACAAUUGGCACUAUGCAUUGGGGCAGGUAGCGUUCCCCUGGCAUCCGCCAAACCCAGAUUAAUCCGUCGGACUGCUAGAUGCUGAAGCGGGAUUCGUCCAAUAACGGCGAGCUUUACCCCACUCCAGCUGACGCUUGGCAUUGCGCAUGGUGAUCUUAGGCUAGUGUGCGGCUGCUCGGCCAUGGAAACCCAUUUCAUGAAGCUCCCGACGAACAGUUCUUGUGCUGACGUUGCUUCCAGAGGCAGUUUGGAACUCGGUAAUGAGUGUUGCAACCGAGGACAGGACAGGCGAUUUUUACACGCUUCAGCAGUCCCAUUCUGUGAGCUUGUGUGGCCUACCACUUCGCGGCUGAGCCGUUGUUGCUCCUAGACGUUUCCACUUCACAAUAACAGCACUUAUAGUUGACUGGGGCAGCUUUAGCAGGGCAGACAUUUGACGAACUGACUUGUUGGAAAGGUGGCAUCCUAUGACGGUGCCACGUUGAAAGUCACAGCUCUUCUGUAAGGCCAUUCUGCUGCCAAUGUUUGUCUAUGGAGAUUGCAUGGCUGUGUGCUCGAUUUUAUACACCUGUCAGCAACGGGUGUGGCUGAAAUAGCCAAAUCCACUAAUUUGAAGGGGUGUCCACGUACUUUUGUUUAUAUAUAGUGUGCAGUAUCUGUCAGACAGGACACUGUGUGCUUUCUGAUGGUGUCAAGUUACCUUGAUUUUACUAAAGGUGUCCUGCAAGGGUCGAUUUUGGGACCUGUCAUCUUUACUAUUUAUAUAAAUAAUAAUGGUCUAUCUGCAAUACCUGUAACAUUAAUCUGUAUGCAGAUGACACUGCUAUGUACGCUAUUGCCCCUACGGCUGACCAGGCUAUGUUGGAGCUGCAAUCUGAUUUUGUCGCCUUGCAGAAAGUCCUUGUUGAUUUUAAAAUUGGUACUCAAUGCGGGAAAAAAUUCGGUUUUCAAAUUUUCAUAGAAAUAUUUUAGAUGGCUUACACAUUUAUGCAUUGGAUGGUUCUUUCAUCGAGCAGGUUCUCGCCUAUAAAUAUCUGUGCUUUUGGAUUGACAAUAAUUUGACGUUUAAAAAAAACAUACGGAUGAGCUAGUUAAAGGAAAAUUCCACCCCAAAACUAUAUGUUGGGAUUUGUUUCAUUAGUCCAUUGUUGACGUAGUCCCAAAAUGUUUUGCUUGUCAGCGAUUACGUUUUCGAGAUAUGUAACUUUCAAAAUACCUAAAUCAUCCCUGUGUGAUGCAUUUUGCUUCAUACAGGGAUGAAUUCUGUAUGUCAACAAUGGACUAAUGAAACAAAUACCAAAAUAGAUUUUUCCUUUUAAGACGCUGAGAUUUUAAAGUAGGGUUCUUUUAUAGAAAUAGAUUCCGCCUCUCCAGAAACAGCAGGAAGCAGAUUGUACAGGUAACUCUCCUGCCAGUUCUUGACUAUGGUGACACCAUUUAUCGGAAUGAAGCAGCCACUAAUCUUAAACCAUUGGAUGCCGUCUACCAUAGCGCCCUUCGCUUUAUCACAGGUGACAGUUUUAAUAUGCAUCAUUGCAUCAUGUAUCAAAAUGUUGGCUGGUCCUCCUUAAGAUCCCAUAGAUCACUUCAUUACUCCCUUUCUGUUUACAAUGCUUUACUACACAAGCUUCUGACCUACCUCACUUCACUGUUAAAACCCGUUCACAGGGAUGGUUAACUCUCGAGGUUCCACUAGUACGUACUGAUUUAGGUAAAUCCGCCUUCGGUUUUAAUGCCCUCCAUUUUUGGAAAAGCCUACCAAACUCCAUACAUAUUGACUCUCUGUGGUGCCUCUAGGGCAGUUUAGGACUUUAAUGUUGAAUGUGUUUAAUGAGAAUUGCAGGUGUUUGGAUUGAAUAAUUGUUUUUGUGGUGUGUGAAGCUGUUGUGUUAAUUCUGUAAAUUGUCAUUUACUUUAUAUUAUUAUUAUUGUUAAGAAUUUGUUGUAUUGUUGUCCUCAGGGCACCAUUGUUAAUGAGACCCUGGUCUCAAUGGCUUCCCCUGAAUAAAUAAAAGUUAAAUAAAAAAAUCUCUCUCUCUCUUUGCUUCUCUGUCUCGCUCUCUCUGCUACUUGCCCCUCCUCCUCCUAGAGAGAAAACAUUUGCCUUUUCUGUCUGGACCAAUGAGAAACUGCGGCCUAAGGGGGGGCUCUGUCCCUGGUCUAAUGGGAGUGGAAGGGUCUAGUGGGGGGAGGUACACACAUUGCUGGGUUAGGGAGUUCUAUCAUGUGUGAACCAGAUCUGUACUGAUGCAUGUUGCUGCUCUCUCUCUGUCUCUCUCUCUCUCUGUGUGUGAGCCUGAUAUUCAUCUUAUGGUAUGGCUGCUCUGCCGGUGAGAACUAAACUGAUAUUCAUCCUAUGAUAUGUCUGCUCUGCCGGUGAGAACUAAACUGAUAUUCAUCCUAUGAUAUGUCUGCUCUGCCGGUGAGAACUAAACUGAUAUUCAUCCUAUGAUAUGGCUGCUCUGCCAGUGAGAACUAAACUGAUAUUCAUCCUAUGAUAUGGCUGCUCUGCCAGUGAGAACUAAACAGAUAUUCAUCCUAUGAUAUGGCUGCUCUGCCAAUGAGAACUAAACUGAUAUUCAUCCUAUCUUUCCUUUUGGGGACUGAUUUAAUGAUUUUAUUUCCUGCAUGCUGCUUUUGGUCUUAAAAACAACGCUUAUGUUGUGUUGGAAGAAGUGUAGUAAUAUGUGUAGUCUACCUAUCCUUGUGUGGAAGAGCUGUGAUUGGUUCAUAUACACUGGAGCAUCUGUUAUCCAGUGGGCUGUGUUAGAGCUGUGAUUGGUUCAUAUACACUGGAGCAGCUGUUAUCCAGUGGGCUGUGUUAGAGCUGUGAUUGGUUCAUAUACACUGGAGCAGCUGUUAUCCAGUGGGCUGUGUUAGAGCUGUGAUUGGUUCAUAUACACUGGAGCAGCUGUUAUCCAGUGGGCUGUGUUAGAGCUGUGAUUGGUUCAUAUACACUGGAGCAGCUGUUAUCCAGUGGGCUGUGUUAGAGCUGUGAUUGGUUCAUAUACACUGGAGCAGCUGUUAUCCAGUGGGCUGUGUUAGAGCUGUGAUUGGUUCAUAUACACUGGAGCAGCUGUUAUCCAGUGGGCUGUGUUAGAGCUGUGAUUGGUUCAUAUACACUGGAGCAGCUGUUAUCCAGUGGGCUGUGUUAGAGCUGUGAUUGGUUCAUAUACACUGGAGCAGCUGUUAUCCAGUGGGCUGUGUUAGAGCUGUGAUUGGUUCAUAUACACUGGAGCAGCUGUUAUCCAGUGGGCUGUGUUAGAGCUGUGAUUGGUUCAUAUACACUGGAGCAGCUGUUAUCCAGUGGGCUGUGUUAGAGCUGUGAUUGGUUCAUAUACACUGGAGCAGCUGUUAUCCAGUGGGCUGUGUUAGAGCUGUGAUUGGUUCAUAUACACUGGAGCAGCUGUUAUCCAGUGGGCUGUGUUAGAGCUGUGAUUGGUUCAUAUACACUGGAGCAGCUGUUAUCCAGUGGGCUGUGUUAGAGCUGUGAUUGGUUCAUAUACACUGGAGCAGCUGUUAUCCAGUGGGCUGUGCUGGAGCUGUGAUUGGUUCAUAUACACUGGAGCAGCUGUUAUCCAGUGGGCUGUGUUUUUCUCUUACCAGUUGGUAGUAAAUCCAUGCUUGUUGCUGCUUGACUGUGACAUUAGGAAAUAGUGUUUUUGAUGAGGAGGGUGUGGAUACAGGUCUAUCUAUAUGUUGGUGUGUCUUGGGAUGUUGUAACAGGUGUGUGCUUGAUUAACAGUAUCAAGUCAUUCCCUGUCCUUACCAACCAGGGAUCCUCUGCCUCUCAAACAAACGUGACUGCACACUUGACAACGUCUUAGCCAAAUUGCGCUAUAGAAAAGUGAGUGAUUUCGAUUUUUGGAGACAUUUACGAAUCCAACUCUGUUACGCUGUUUCCUUUCUGUAUCGUGAUGUUUUUUUCCAUUGGCUUAAGGUUAUACUGGAAUAAUUCACUCACUCUACAAUAAUAAUCUCUGUCUCUCCGUCUCUCUCUCUCCGUCUCUCUCUCUCCGUCUCUCUCUCUCCGUCUCUCUCUCUCCGUCUCUCACUCUCCUCCAGUCUCUGAUCGAGGCCCAUGAUAAAAUGUCAGCUAGCGCUCUCUCUCUCCUCUUCAGUCUCUAUCUCUCUCCUCCAGUGUCUCUCUCUCCCUCCAGUCUCUGAUUGAGGCCCAUGACAAGGUUGCAGCUAACUCUCUCUCUCUCUCUCUCUCUCUCUCUCUCUCUCUCGCGCUCUCGCUCUCGCUCUCGCUCUCGCUCUCGCUCUCGCUCUCGCUCUCGCUCUCGCUCUCUCUCUCUCGCUCUCUCUCUCUCUCUCUCUCUCCAGUCUCUGAUUGAGGCCCAUGAUAAGGUGGCAGCUAAAUGUUAUGAGAUGCCGCCCUCGGAGGUGAACAGUAAUGCCAUGGCAACCGGCCCUCUCAUGCCCGCUGACGCCGUCAGGAUGAUUGGCAUCCAGAAGAAGGCUGGCGAACCACUGGUAAGUUAAUGUCUGCAUCCCAAAUGGCACCCUAUUCCCUAUAUAGUGCACUUAUUUUGACAAGGGACCAUAGCCGGGCUCCGGUCAAAAGUAGUGCACUAUGUAGGGAACAGGGUACCAUUUGGGACGUAGUCUCAGACAUUACCAAUCGAACUGCAAGAGCUGGAUGACUGUCCAAAGUUUGUACUUAGCAGUGUAGCUACAUGUCAUAUUUUAAUCCCUUGUCUGAUGCAUUAACCUCUCCCUCUCUCUCCUCCCCUCUCUUUCUCUCCUCCCCUCUCUUCUCCUCCUCAGGGGGUGACGUUCAGGGUGGACCGAGGGGAGCUGGUGAUCGCCAGGAUCCUGCACGGCAGUUUGAUCGACCGGCAGGGCAUGCUGCACGCGGGAGACGUCAUCAGGGAGGUGAACGGGCGCGAGGUGGGCAGCGACCCCAAGGAGCUGCUGGAGCUGCUGAGGGACUGCCAGGGGGGCAUCACCCUCAAGAUCCUUCCCAGCUACCGCGACACUCCAGCACCCCCACAGGUGAGAACAGGGUGGUAUUUAUUAGUGCACCGUAGACAUUUUUUUUGCAACAGAAAACAAAAACAAAUGUUUCUUAUUGGGCAGAUUCAGGUAGGAUUCAGUUUGACUGUUUGCUUCCAUUCACAUUCUAAUGACUGCAACACAGGGGUGGCUAACCCUCCUCUUGUAGUGCAAUUGGGAAUGUAGACUUUUGCACCAACCCUGCACCAACACACCUGAUUCAGUUCGUUGAGGUGAUUCAGCAGAUUAGGAGAGUCAGAUGUGUUAAAACAGGGCUGGAGCAAAAGCCUGCAUGAACAAGUAGAUCUUCAGGAGGAGGGUUGGUUACCCACUAGGUCAGAGGUGCUGUAAUAAUGAUACUGUUAGAUUUACAUUUUAGUCAUUUAGCAGACGCUCUUAUCCAGAGCGACUUACAGUUAGUGAGUGCAUACAUAUAUUUUUUUUCAUACUCUACUUUUCGUAGAUGUGAGUACCAUGCACCUAUCUCCUAUUGAAAACCUGUUUCUGCACCUGGGGCUGUACAGGUGAGAGGGAAUAUACAAUGCACUGUUCAGUUGUCCCUUGGUCGUAUUUGAUUAGAUUUUUGUAAAGUACUUUAGUAUUUUUACUUAAGUCGUUUUUUUGGGUAUCUGUACUUUACUAUUUAUAUUUUUGACAACUUUUACUUCACUACAUUCCUAAAGACAAUAAUUUACUUUUUACUCCAUACAUUUUCCUUAGACAACCAAAAGUACUCACUACAUUUAAAAUGCUUAGUAGGCCAGGGAAAUUGUCAAAUUCACACACUUAUCAAGAGAACAUCCCUGGUCAUCCCUACUGCCUCUGAUCUGGCGGACUCGCUAAUCACAAAUGCUUCAUUUGUAAAUGAUGUUGGAGUGUGUCCCUGGCUAUCCGUAAAUUAAAAUAACAAGAAAAUGGUGCCUUAAUAUAAGGAAUUUUUAAUACUUCUACUUUUUACUUUUGAUACUUAAGUAUAUUUAAGCAAUUACAUUUACAGUUGAAGUCGGAAGUUUACAUACACUUAGGUUGGAGUUAUUAAAACUAUUUUUUCAUCCACUCCACAAAUUUCUUGUUAACAAACUAAAGUCGGUUAGGACAUCUACUUUGUGCAUGACACAAGUAAUGUUUCCAACAAUUGUUUACAGACAGAUUAUUUAAUUUAUAAUUCACUGUGUCACAAUUCCAGUGGGUCAGAAGUUUACAUACACUAAGUUGACUGUGCCUUUUAAACAGCUUGGAAAAUUCCAGAAAAUGACAUCAUUUGAGUCAGUUGGAGGUGUACCUGUGGAUGUAUUUCAAGGCCUACCUUCAAACUCAGUGCCUCUUUGCUUGACAUCAUGGGAAAAUCAAAAGAAAUCAGCCAAGACCUCAGGAAAAAAAUGUGUAGACCUCCACAAGUCUGGUUCAUCCUUGGGAGAAAUUUCCAAACGCCUGAAGUUACCACGUUCAUCUGUACAAACAAUAGUACGCAAGUAUAAACACCAUGGGACCACACAUCCGCCAUACCGCUCAGGAAGGAGACGCGUUCUGUCUCCUAGAGAUGAACGUACUUUGGUGCGAAAAGUGCAAAUCAAUCCCAGAACAACUGCAAAGGACCUUGUGAAGAUGCUGGAGGAAACAGGUACAAAAGUAUCUACAGUGAGGGGAAAAAAGUAUUUGAUCCCCUGCUGAUUUUGUACGUUUGCCCACUGACAAAGAAAUGAUCAGUCUAUAAUUUUAAUGGUAGGUUUAUUUGAACAGUGAGAGACAGAAUAACAACCAAAAAAAUCCAGAAAAACGCAUGUAAAUUUUUUUAUAAAUUGAUUUGCAUUUUAAUGAGGGAAAUAAGUAUUUGACCCCCUCUCAAUCAGAAAGAUUUCUGGCUCCCAGGUGUCUUUUAUACAGGUAACGAGCUGAGAUUAGGAGCACACUCUUAAAGGGAGCGCUCCUAAUCUCAGCUUGUUACCUGUAUAAAAGACACCUGUCCACAGAAGCAAUCAAUCAAUCAGAUUCCAAACUCUCCACCAUGGCCAAGACCAAAGAGCUCUCCAAGGAUGUCAGGGACAAGGUUGUAGACCUACACAAGGCUGGAAUGGGCUACAAGACCAUCGCCAAGCAGCUUGGUGAGAAGGUGACAACAGUUGGUGCGAUUAUUCGCAAAUGGAAGAAACACAAAAUAACUGUCAAUCUUCCUCGGCCUGGGGCUCCAUGCAAGAUCUCACCUCGUGGAGUUGCAAUGAUCAUGAGAACGGUGAGGAAUCAGCCCAGAACUACACGGGAGGAUCUUGUCAAUGAUCUCAAGGCAGCUGGGACCAUAGUCACCAAGAAAACAAUUGGUAACACACUACGCCGUGAAGGACUGAAAUCCUGCAGCGCCCGCAAGGUCCCCCUGCUCAAGAAAGCACAUAUACAGGGCCGUCUGUUUGCCAAUGAACAUCUGAAUGAUUCAGAGGAGAACAGGGUGAAAGUGUUGUGGUCAGAUGAGACCAAAAUCGAGCUCUUUGGCAUCAACUCAACUCGCCGUGUUUGGAGGAGGAGGAAUGCUGCCUAUGACCCCAAGAACACCAUCCCCACCGUCAAACAUGGAGGUGGAAACAUUAUGCUUUGGGGGUGUUUUUCUGCUAAGGGGACAGGACAACUUCACCGCAUCAAAGGGACGAUGGACGGGGCCAUGUACUGUCAAAUCUUGGGUGAGAACCUCCUUCCCUCAGCCAGGGCAUUGCAAAUGGGUCGUGGAUGGGUAUUCCAGCAUGACAAUGACCCAAAACACACGGCCAAGGCAACAAAGGAGUGGCUCAAGAAGAAGCACAUUAAGGUCCUGGAGUGGCCUAGCCAGUCUCCAGACCUUAAUCCCAUAGAAAAUAUGUGAGGGAGCUGAAGAUUCGAGUUGCCAAACAUCAGCCUCGAAACCUUAAUGACUUAGAGAAGAUCUGCAAAGAGGAGUGGGACAAAAUCCCUCCUGAGAUGUGUGCAAACCUGGUGGCCAACUACAAGAAACGUCUGACCUCUGUGAUUGCCAACAAGGGUUUUGCCAACAAGUACUAAGUCAUGUUUUGCAGAGGGGUCAAAUACUUAUUUCCCUCAUUAAAAUGCAAAUCAAUUUAUAACAUUUUUGACAUGCGUUUUUCUGGAUUUUUUUGUUGUUAUUCUGUCUCUCACUGUUCAAAUAAACCUACCAUUUAAAAUUAUAGACUGAUCAUGUCAUUGUCAGUGGGCAAAUGUACAAAAUCAGCAGGGGAUCAAAUACUUUUUUCCAUCACUGUAUAUCCACAGUAAAACAAGUCCUAUAUCGACAUACAGUGGGGGAAAAAAGUAUUUAGUCAGCCACCAAUUGUGCAAGUUCUCCCACUUAAAAAGAUGAGAGAGGCCUGUAAUUUUCAUCAUAGGUACACGUCAACUAUGACAGACAAAUUGAGGAAAAAAAAUCCAGAAAAUCACAUUGUAGGAUUUUUAAUGAAUUUAUUUGCAAAUUAUGGUGGAAAAUAAGUAUUUGGUCACCUACAAACAAGCAAGAUUUCUGGCUCUCACAGACCUGUAACUUCUUCUUUAAGAGCCUCCUCUGUCCUCCACUCGUUACCUCUAUUAAUGGCACCUGUUUGAACUUGUUAUCAGUAUAAAAGACACCUGUCCACAACCUCAAACAGUCACACUCCAAACUCCACUAUGGCCAAGACCAAAGAGCUGUUAAAGGACACCAGAAACAAAAUUGUAGACCUGCACCAGGCUGGGAAGACUGAAUCUGCAAUAGGUAAGCAGCUUGGUUUGAAGAAAUCAACUGUGGGAGCAAUUAUUAGGAAAUGAAAGACAUACAAGACCACUGAUAAUCUCCCUCGAUCUGGGGCUCCACGCAAGAUCUCACCCCGUGGGGUCAAAAUGAUCACAAGAACGGUGAGCAAAAAUCCCAGAACCACACGGGGGGACCUAGUGAAUGACCUGCAGAGUGCUGGGACCAAAGUAACAAAGCCUACCAUCAGUAACACACUACGCCGCCAGGGACUCAAAUCCUGCAGUGCCAGACGUGUCCCCCUGCUUAAGCCAGUACAUGUCCAGGCCCGUCUGAAGUUUGCUAGAGUGCAUUUGGAUGAUCCAGAAGAGGAUUGGGAGAAUGUCAUAUGGUCAGAUGAAACCAAAAUAGAACUUUUUGGUAAAAACUCAACUCGUCGUGUUUGGAGGACAAAGAAUGCUGAGUUGCAUCCAAAGAACACCAUACCUACUGUGAAGCAUGGGGGUGGAAACAUCAUGCUUUGGGGCUGUUUUUCUGCAAAGGGACCAGGACGACUGAUCCGUGUAAAGGAAAGAAUGAAUGGGGCCAUGUAUCGUGAGAGAGAGAGAGAGAGAGAGAUGCAUUUCUUAACCUCCUGCCAAAUGUAUGACCAUAUUAAAGACACAUAUUUCCCUCAGAUUACAGAGAUCCACAAAGAAUUUGAAAACAAACCCAAUUUUGAUCAACUUCCAUAUCUACUUGGUGAAAUACGACAGUGUGCCAUCACAGCAGCAAGAUUUGUCACCUGUUGCCAAAAGAAAAGGGCAACCAGUGAAGAACAAACACCAUUGUAAAUACAUCCCAUAUUUAUGUUUAUUUUCCCAUUUGUACUUUAACUAUUUGCACAUUGUUACAGCACUGUAUAUAUACAUAGUCAUUGGGAAAUGUCUUUAUUCUUUUGGAACUUCUGAGUGUAAUGUUUACUCUUAAUUUGUAUUGUUUAUUUCAUUUUUGUUUACUAUCUACUUCACUUGCUUUGGCAAUGUUAACAUACGUUUCCCAUGCCAAUAAAGCCCUUAAAUUGAAUUUAAACAGAAUUGAGAAAGAGAGAGGAAGGGGGAGAGGGGGAGAGGAGGGAAGGGAGAGGAGGGAAGGGAGAGGGGGAGAGGAGGAGGUAAGGGAGGAGGGAGGGAGGGAGAGGGGAGAGGGAAGGGGGAGGGAGGUAGUGGAGGGAAGUAUGCAAGGGGGGAAGGGGGGGAGAGAGGGGGAGAGGGGGAGAGGGAGGGGGGAGGAGGGGAAGAGGAGGGAAGGGGGGAAGGUCUGCGGGAGAGGGAGGAGGGUCCUGGCCCUUUUUAUAGAGAAAAUAAUCUGGGCAUGGGGAGGAGGAGAGGAAACUAAAGCCUCCCUUACUGUAUACACAUACACACCACCCAGAGCAUGCAAUGCUGUGAGGCAUUAUGUAAGGCAGGGCUCUCCAACCCUGUUCCUGGAGAGCUACCCUCCUGUAGGUUCUCACUCCAACCCCAGUUGUAACUAACCUAGUUCGGCUUAUCAACCAGAUAAUUAUUAGAAUCAGGUGCGUUAGAUUAGGGUUGGAGUGAAAAUCUACAGGAGAGUAUCUCUCCAGGAACAGGGUUGGAGAGCCCUGAUGUAGGGUUUUGUCAAGAAGGCAGUGGUCUUUGGCUGGGGGCAGAAUGUGACCAAUUAUGUUUGUUUCUCUCUGUGGAUUCUCACAGUACAGACUGUCGAACGUUGGGCUGUUGGUAAUUGACAAUCUGAAGAUGACGUCAUUGUUGUUAAACACCCCUCCUAUUUCCUUUUUCUACCUGAAGCUGUAACUAUGGUAACACAGACAUUGUCCUCCUGUUCUCCAGGUGCAUCUGAAACCCCACUUUAACUACAGCCCAGCCACAGACAACCUGAUCCCCUGUAAGGAGGCUGGCCUGGCCUUCUCUAAAGGAGAUGUAUUGCACAUUGUCAACAGAGAGGACCCUAACUGGUGGCAGGUAGGUACUGCUGACAACAGAACAGCCCUUAGCCUUGUGUUAUUCCCCAUAAUCCACAGGUUCUCAUGCCUUAUUGGUUAAAUUAGAAGCAUGGUUGAAUGACUUUCACACAUCCACCCCUAGGCACUUGAUCUGAAACAACUGGAUGGAUAGAUGCAGUGUAAGCAAUAUGGUAAUAGCUCCAUGCUCCAUCUUGCCUUCUGAUUGGCUAGGUGGAACUUUUAAUCAUAUUGCUUCCAACUGUCCUAACCCGGCCCUGAGCACCCCUAAUGGGAUAGGGACUAGUAUUCCAUGUGUGACUUUUAAUCAAAAAUGAACUGAUCCUCAAGAGUAGAGCAAGAGAAACAGGAAGUAGCACGUCUCUGACCUCACAUCCUGUCCUUCAGGCGGUCAACAUUGUGGGAGGAGCCACAGGACUGAUCCCCAGUCAGUUCUUAGAGGAGAAGAGAAAAGCCUUUGUGAGGAGAGAAUGGAAUGGAUCAGGUACACUUCUGACUUUGGGAGAAAAGUGCUUAAAAUGUGUUAUUAUUAUUAUUAUUAGGUAGUUAGACUUCUAUACACCGUCCUAUAUAGCUCAGAAUACUGCCUGGUUCAACUAAGGUGAAAUAGAAUUGUAACACACAUCUCUGUAGCCCCCUGUAGCUCAGUUGGUAGAGCAUGGCGCUUGCAACGCCAGGGUUGUGGGUUCGUUUCCCACAGGGGGCCAGUAUGAAAAAUGUAUGCACUCACUAACUGUCGCUCUGGAUAAGAGCGUCUGCUAAAUGACUAAAAUGUAAAAUCUCUAUACUCAACAAAGUAAUGACAUCUACCCCAAAAUAAUUUAUUAUUUCCACCUGUUUGUGUACUCGACUGUGUCCCAAAUGGCCCCCUUUACCCUACUAUAUAGGAAAUAAGGUACUAUAUACACGCAGCCUCUAUACCCAGGACAGUUUAUUUCUCAAAGUAGCACAUUUGGCAGCAAACUGCCAUGAAAGUAUAGGCUAAGUCCACACUCCAAUAAAUAACCCCACCCCCCCACUACUUCCCCUCUACUUGUGUCCACAACUCAGGCAUAUUUAGGAAAUAUGUUUACUCUGGUGCCCUCCUGUGGUUCAGUGAGCUUUAAUGUGUUUUGUUCCUCCCAGGCGUUCUCUGUGGGACACUAACAGGGAAGAAGAAGAAGAAGAAGAUGAUGUACAUGAUGUCCAAGAAUGCAGGUGUGUUCAGCAGCCAUUAGACCCCUCUUAUCCUGAUCCUGCUCUAAAGGGCUUCAGUUCACCUUGUGGGCGUUGUGUUAUACUGAUAACAACCUAUAGUUGUAGCUAAUGUUAUCAGUAACAUCAUAUUGUUGGCCAGAGCCAUCUCCUAAUGCAUAUCAAAGCAAAGAACAGCUGGAUUACACCUCUCUCUCAUUAUUGGCCACCAUUCAUUUGAUAUUUCAGUGAUAUUUCAGUGUACUAUAGCCUAACCGAUAGGUAUGUGUGGAGUAGGUUAAUUUUCCAUCCAUUGUUGGCUCUACACUAGUGUACAAAACAUUAGGAACACCUGCUCUUUCCAUGACAGACUGACCAGUUGAAAGCUAUUAUCCCUUGAUGUCACUUGUUAAAUCCACUUCAAUCAGUGUGGAUGGGGGAAGUGACUCAAUAGUUGGAAGGUGUUCUUAAUGUUUUGUACACUCAGUGUAUAUCACUAUAGUAUAGAUGACUGUAUAUUAUACAAAACAAAAAUAUAAACGCAACAUGUUGGGUCCCAAAAAGCUUAUUUCUCUCAAAUGUUGUUUGCAAAUUAGUUUACAUCCCUUUUUGUGAGCAUUUCUCCUUCACCAAGAUAAUCCAUCCACCUGACAGGUGUUGCAUAUCAAGAAGCUGAUUAAACAGCAUGAUGAUUACACAGGUGCACCUUGUGCUGGGGACAAUAAAAGGCCACUCUAAAAUGUGCAGUUUUGUCACAACACAAUGCCACAGAUGUCUCCAGUUUUGUGGGAGGGUGCAGUUGGCAUGCUGACUGCAGGGCUGUCCACCAGAGCUGUUGCCAAAGAAUUGAAUUAUAAUUUCUCUACCAUAAGCCGCCUCCAACAUUGUUUUAGAGAAUUUGGCAGGACGGCCAACCGGCCUCACAACCGCCAGCCCAGGACCUCCACAUCCGGCUUCUUGACCUGCUGGAUCGUCUGAGACCAGCCACCCAGACAGCUGAUGAAACUGAGGACUAUUUCUGUCUGUAAUAAAGCCCUUUUGUGGGGAAAAACUCAUUCUGAUUACCUGGGCCUGGCUCCCAAGUGGGUGGGCCUAUGCCCUCCCAGGCCCACCCAUGGUUGCGCCCCUGCCCAGUCAUUUGAAAUCCAUAGAUUUAUGCCAAAUGAAUUUAUUUCAAUUUACUGAUUUCCUUAUAUUAACUGUAACUCUGUAAAAUCGUUGAAAUUGUUGCAUGUUGUGUUUUAUAUUUUUGUUCAGUAGUUAUGUGUUAGUAUUAUUACUGAGCAAGCUAAGCUGAUGGUGGUAGCGUGUCUGUUGUCGUGACGACCAGAGUUUGACCGCCACGAGCUGCAGAUCUACGAAGAGGUGGCCAAGAUGCCUCCAUUCCAGAGGAAGACCCUGGUUCUGAUUGGUGCUCAGGGAGUGGGCCGGCGCAGCCUGAAGAACAGACUGAUCAUCAUCAACCCUCUGCUCUAUGGAACCACCGUCCCCUGUGAGUCCCAGUCCCCCCGGUAUAUGUGUGUGUGUGUAUAUCAGAGGGGUACAGCAGAAGACAAACUUCAGUCUUCUAUGAAUUAAUAAGGUAUUCUUCCUCACCCUUCCUCACCUCUAUCUUUUUACCCUCCCUCACCCCUCUUCCUCUCCUCACCCUCCCUCCGUCCAUCCCCUCCCUCCCUCCAGUCACGUCUCGGCCUGCUCGGGAGGAGGAGAGGGACGGACAGUCGUAUUGCUUUGUGUCUCGGUCCCAAAUGGAGGCAGACAUUAAGGCCAGUCGCUACCUGGAGCAUGGAGAGUAUGAUGGAAACCUCUACGGAACCAAGAUGAACUCCAUCCACGAGGUGGUGGACGCAGGACGCACCUGCAUACUGGACGUUAACCCACAGGUAGGUCUGACAGACACCCACAUUUCACACAGUCAUGAUUUUUUCAUUUUAAAGGCCCAGUGCAGUCAGAAAUGUGAUUUUCCUGUGUUUUAUAUAUAUAUACACUGCUAAAAAAAAUAAAGGGAACACUUAAACAACACAAUGUAACUCCAAGUCAAUCACACUUCUGUGAAAUCAAACUGUCCACUUAGGAAGCAACACUGAUUGACAAUACAUUUCACAUGCUGUUGUGCAAAUGGAAUAGACAACAGGUGGAAAUUAUAGGCAAUUAGCAAGACACCCCCAACAAAGGACUGGUUUUGCAGUUGGUGACCACAGACCACUUCUCAGUUCCUAUGCUUGCUGGCUGAUGUUUUGGUCACUUUUGAAUGCUGGCGGUGCUUUCACUCUAGUGGUAGCAUGAGACGGAGUCUACAACCCACACAAGUGGCUCAGGUAGUGCAGCUCGUCCAGGAUGGCACAUCAAUGCGAGCUAUGGCAAGAAGGUUUGCUGUGUCUGUCAGCGUAGUGUCCAGAGCAUGGAGGCGCUACCAGGAGACAGGCCAGUACAUCAGGAGACGUGGAGGAGGCCGUAGGAGGGCAACAACCCAGCAGCAGGACCGCUACCUCCGCCUUUGUGCAAGGAGGAGCAGGAGGAGCACUGCCAGAGCCCUGCAAAAUGACCUCCAGUGGGCCACAAAUGUGCAUGUGUCUGCUCAAACGGUCAGAAACAGACUCCAUGAUGGUGGUAUGAGGGCCCGACGUCCACAGGUUGGGGUUGUGCUUACAGCCCAACACCGUGCAGGACGUUUGGCAUUUGCCAGAGAACACCAAGAUUGGCAAAUUCGCCACUGGCGCCCUGUGCUCUUCACAGAUGAAAGCAGGUUCACACUGAGCAUGUGACAGACGUGACAGAGUCUGGAGACGCCGUGGAGAACGUUCUGCUGCCUGCAACAUCCUCCAGCAUGACCGGUUUGGCGGUGGGUCAGUCAUGGUGUGGGGUGGCAUUUCUUUGGGGGGCCGCACAGCCCUCCAUGUGCUCGCCAGAGGUAGCCUGACUGCCAUUAGGUACCGAGAUGAGAUCCUCAGACCCCUUGUGAGACCAUAUGCUGGUGCGGUUGGCCCUGGGUUCCUCCUAAUGCAAGACAAUGCUAGACCUCAUGUGGCUGGAGUGUGUCAGCAGUUCCUGCAAGAGGAAGGCAUUGAUGCUAUGGACUGGCCCGCCCGUUCCCCAGACCUGAAUCCAAUUGAGCACAUCUGGGACAUCAUGUCUCGCUCCAUUCACCAACGCCACGUUGCACCACAGACUGUCCAGGAGUUGGCGGAUGCUUUAGUCCAGGUCUGGGAGGAGAUCCCUCAGGAGACCAUCCGCCACUUCAUCAGGAGCAUGCCCAGGCGUUGUAGGGAGGUCAUACAGGCACGUGGAGGCCACACAUACUACUGAGCCUCAUUUUGACUUGUUUUAAGGACAUUACAUCAAAGUUGGAUCAGCCUGUCGUGUGGUUUUCCACUUUAAUUUUGAGGGUGACUCCAAAUCCAGACCUCCAUGGGUUGAUAAAUUUGAUUUCCAUUGAUAAUUUUUGGGUGAUUUUGUUGUCAGCACAUUCAACUAUGUAAAGAAAAAAGUAUUUAAUAAGAUUAUUUCAUUCAUUCAGAUCUAGGAUGUGUUGUUUAAGUGUUCCCUUUAUUUUUUUGAGCAGUGUAUAUCUGCACUGAGGUUGGAAUAAUAAUGUAAUAUUGUGAAAAUGAUGAUCAUGCCCUUUUAGUGUUAGAGCUGUUUGAAUAGACCACCUGAAAUAUCAGCCUCUUUUGGUGGGAUGGACAAUUAGUUCAUAGACCAAUAAGAAAGAGUUCCAAACCUCUCAGCUAGUUUUCAGUUUUCCCCUCCCCAAUCAGACCACUCCCAGACAGUCCUAGCUAAAUUCUUGCUUGAGAAAUUGCUUUUGCUAAGAAUCUAUUUCUGGUAUUUUGAUUGAAAAUAAUCACAGUAAGAUACUUAAUUGUUACCCAGAAAUGAUUUGAUACUGAGAUAAAAACGGCUGCAUUGGGUCAUUAAGCAAAACUUGAAUAAGCAUGUUACGUUAGUGUCUGUGUGAUUACUUGAUGGGUUGUGUGUGUGUGUGUGUGUCUGUUGAUGGGUUGUGUGUCGUCAGGCGCUGAAGCAGCUGAAGACAGCAGAGUUCAUGCCAUUUGUGGUGUUUAUCGCUGCUCCUGAACUGGACAUACUAAGAGCUAUGCACAAAGCUGUGGUGGACGCUGGACUCACCACCAAACUGCUCACGGUCAGUCUCCCCUCUCCUCUCCUGGAUGUUGGUAGACCUGUGCACAAUUCUCAGUGCUGUAGUUAUUCAAAAGAAAAGCUAUUCCUUUCUGUAUCACUGAUGGAAACCUCUCUCUCUCCCUCUCUCCCUCUCUCUCUCAGGAGAUAGAUCUGAAGAAAACCGUGGAUGAGAGCGCCAGGAUCCGCCGGGCCUACAGCCACUACUUUGACCUGACUAUCGUCAACGACAACCUGGACAAGGCCUUUGAGCAGCUGCAGGUGGCCGUGGGGCAGCUGUGUUCUGAGCCCCAGUGGGUCCCUGUCAGCUGGGUGUACUGAGAGACUCCUGUCCUGUCCCCACCUGCUGCCCUGCCUGGUUAGGCUGCUCCCUACUGGGCUGGAGGACACACCGCACGCUGCUGGGCCCAGGAGCACACGGAGACUAG